AUGGAGGGGACAGGGCGGCUGUACCGCUACUACUUGUGUGAUAAGGACAAGGCUGACCCCUUUGCACGUCUUGUUGCAGGCCUGGCCGCUGGGCUCCUCGCCUGCGUGGUGGUGGGAGCCGUGGGCGCCUCGACGUUGAGCGCCACGACGCUAGGCGCCACGUCACUGGGAGACCCCGUAGGAACGACGUCCUACAAUGGCGCGACCACAGAGAGCAGCACGGGACAGCCCACGGCCAGGACCACGAACGGUGUGACGGAGCAGACGAUCAGCGUUCAACCGACUACGGGCACACAGGACUCGACCGGGCCGUCGUCCGCAGCCGCUGGACUCACGCCGAGUACAGCAGACAGGACCGAGCCGCGCCUGAGCAGCACCGGUGCUACAAAACAGACCCCGGGCAGCAUCGGUGACGUCAGCAAACAUGCCGCUGCCACGACUGAGCCGUCGGCAAGCACGCGGCGGACGUCGAACGGAGAGGUCACGAAGCACAGCGAGGACAGCAGACAGACAGGAACGACUACAAAAGAAACGCCCCAGACUGAAGACCGACUGACGACUAGGCGUGAAGCCGACGAACUGACGACCAAUUCGGUAGAGCUGACAACCGACAACGAUUACAGAACGACCGAUGAGGCAAGAACGACUGACAGUCACUCGACGGGCUUAGCGGCGACCGAUUCGAGCAGUCUGUUCACACCGUCAGCCGAACUCAACACCAGCCAGACGGACAAGGGAACCUCACCGUCGCAGCUGGAAAUCGUCGUGGAAGAGAGCACCGAGCUCGACGGUGACCUCGGAACUACAGACGAGCCAGCGUCUACGCCAGAACCAGUUGAGGUGGUCAGCACCACGUCGUUGACGUCGUCCACGCCAUCGACAUCGACCACGGACGACCACCCGGCCCCGGAUCUCGCCGAUAAGGAUAGCCGGGACCUCGAGGACGCCUACCACAACGAGGUCCCCGACGACGUCCGGCGAAAGUACAAGCUGAGCCACCCUUUCCUCAUCGGAACUCGCACUGCCGCCAAGGGCGAGUCCUCGGCCACGUCCUCGUCCCCAUCCUCAGGAAGAUCCUUUGUCCUAUAUCGAAACUACGACGUAGACAGUCAGGAGCGCGAGCGUGAGCUGGAGGAGCGCGCCCGCGAGCAGAACCACCCGGCUGACUUGGAGGACACAAAUGUGCACGAGGUCAACCACUACGUCCCCGAGGACGAGCACGAGGACCCGGAGGUGGCCGAGAAGGUGCAACAGCAGCAGCAACGCUCCGUGGCGCGCUGGUACCUCCUCCUGCUCGCCGGCAACUCGACGACGGUGCGCCUGCGCCAGAAGGACUUCGCAAAGUACCUCAAGCUCAACCUCGCCGCCCGGCUCUCGGUCGAGUACAACGACCUGCGCGUCAACCGGGUCGAGUUUAAGCCCCUGCUCAUGGUCAACGUCACCAUCUUCUCGCGCCCCAAGGACAACGAGGAGGCCCCCCUGCACAUGCUGGCCGACACCAACGCCACCCUGCUCGAGCUGUCCGGCGAGGAGUACCACGUGGUGCGCUUCAUCACCAUCCCCAACGACGAGACGCUGGCCUCGCUCGCGUCGGGCGGCUUCCAGGCCGACUCGUACACGGGCGUCGUGCCCCGCGGCACCUGGCACGUCGACAUGGGCGUGGCCGUGUACUUCGCCAUCGCCGCGGCGCUCGUCUCCAUCCUGCUGGCCGUGUUCCUGGUGGGGCUGUGGCGCUACGUGCGCGGCAUGGUCGGCGAGGUGCAGUGGCCGUGGCGGCGCUACAAGCCGUACUCGCUGCCGCGCUGGAGCCUGCCGCUGCAGCACCGCCUCUGCGCCGACCACAUCGUGCACUGCGCGCCGCUGCGCACGCUCGCCAGCCGCCAGCACGGCCACCACGUCUGGACCACGGGCGACGGCGGCGGCGACGAGGUCCCCGUCCAGAAGAUCCUGGCGCCCGAGCCGCCGCAGCGCCUCGUGCUGACCUCGACGCUGCCGCACCUGCUGGGCGGCGAGGCCGCGCCCUCCACGGCCGACACGCUGCUCCAGACGCAGCCCGCCCCGCUGCUGCCUCCGGCGCCCGCGCCCCCC